AUGACUUCGUAUCGUUCGCCGCGAGUAAUCUGGGAACGCGUCCGCCGCGCUGGAGACAUUCCGGAGGGGAUUGGAGAAGUGACGCUAGUCGAGAUCCAGAUUCAGAGAAGCUCUGUUCUACCAAUGGCGUCGAGGGAUCCUUCGCCGGAGUUCUUCAAAAGCUCCGCCAUGACGAAAGCCGGAGCUUUUGCUGCCAUCUUUUACAUGGCUUGUGCUGUCCUCUUGAUGAUGUUCAAUAAAGCUGCUCUUUCUUCUUACAGUUUCCCGUGUGCCAACGUCAUCACCCUGUGCCAGAUGAUAUGUUCGUGUUGCUUUCUUUACAUGCUACGAAGUCUAAAGCUCAUUUCUUUUACCACCACCAACGAAUCCACACUCCUAACCGAGACUUCCAAAUCAGUAUAUGUUCCGAUUAGGACAUUCUUCACCACUUCACCUGUUUCCUUUACCUAUUUGCUUUACAUGCUAGCGAGUAUGGAGUCUGUUAGGAAUGUGAAUGUGCCCAUGUAUACAACCUUAAGAAGAACUACAAUCAUACUCACAAUGAUGCUCGAGUAUGUUCUCGUCAGGCAGAGGUAUACACGUUGUAUUCUUGGAAGUGUGGUGUUAAUUAUGUUGGGUGCUUUUGUUGCGGGAUCGCGAGACUUUUCAUUCGACUCCUAUGGUUAUAUAGUUGUUCUCAUGUCGAACAUCACAACAUCUGUGUAUCUAAUGACCAUAGCACGAAUAGGGAAAUCUAGUGGGCUCAAUAGCUUUGGCCUUAUGUGGUGCAAUGGAAUUUUAUGUGGGAUUGUUUUAUCGGUUUGGACGUUUGUCAGUGGCGAUUUCGACACGACAAUGAAGUUUCCAUAUUUGCGUUCUCCGGGAUUUAUGGCAGUACUACUUUUGUCCUGCAUUCUGGCCUUCCUUCUCAAUUAUAGUGUCUUUCUCAAUACAACUCUCAACUCAGCACUCACACAGACAGUCUGUGGUAACUUGAAGGACGUCUUCACGGUUUUGCUCGGGUGGACUAUUUUCGGAGGACUGCCGUUCGAUUUGUUGAAUGUCGUAGGGCAGCUUAUCGGCUUCCUUGGCUCGGCCAUGUAUGCAUACUACAAGCUUACUGGGAAAUAA